GGGCGGAGCCUCGGCCGGAGGCGGCAGAGUCCGGAGCCCGGCUCAAGGGCCGCCGUGGCCGCCGCGGAGCAAAGCUGUCUCGAGAGAGAGCGCCCGGGCGCAGAGGGGUUAACAGGCCGCCGGGGCCUCGAAGAGCAGGAUAGGGACUCUCCAGCCAGCCCUGGAACCUGCUGUCCAGCCUCCUGCCCCUCCGUGGCACCCAUUUCCCAGAGGAUCUUAAAGAGCUGGGCCAGUCUUCUCCACGCCUCCCUCCUCACUCUGACAUGUCCUGCUGAGGGGUCAUCCCUCCCAGUCCCCAGUCUUCCCGAGACUGGGUCUGUCUUCGGUCCUCUGAAGCCUAGAUGCCCAAGUAGAGUGUUUCCUUUGGGUCUCCUCCUCCCUUGCCCUGGGGCCACCAAGGGAGGAGCGAUGGAGAAGAAGGCGAGCAGGCCCGGGUUGUGUCUGAUGCUGCUUCUGUCCCUCCCUCAGCUCUGCCUGGAUCAGGAGGUGUUGUCUGGACACUCCCUUCAGACACCCCCUGAGGAGAGCCAGGGCCCCGAGGGUGUCUGGGGUCCUUGGGACCAGUGGGCCUCUUGCUCCCAGCCCUGCGGGGUGGGGGUGCAGCGCAGGAGCCGGAAGUGUCAGCUCCCUGCAGCUCACCUCCACCAGGGCCGGCCCCCAAGACAUCCAGAAGGCCUGCUCCCCCGGGGUCAAGGCCCCAGACCUCAGACUUCCCGAGAAACCCUUCCCCUGUACAGGCCACCGCCUCGGGGAAGAGGUGGCCCCUUUCGAGGUCCUGCUUCUCAACUAGGGAGAGAGGAGGCCCGGGAGACUCAAGGAGCCAGGAGGUCCCGGGUUCGAGACCCCAUCAAGCCAGGAAUGUUUGGCUAUGGGAGAGUGCCUUUUGCUUUGCCGCUCCAUCGGAACCGCAGGCACCCGCGGAGACCACUCAGAUCUGAGCUCUCGCAGACCUCAGACCUUCCAUCCCUGAUGCCAAGAGCAGUGCCAUCCUCUGCAAACCACACCCCGCAAACUGAACUUCCUCCCACAGCACCGUCUGCCCCUGCCCGGUCCCCCCCAGCGGACUCCCCAAGUCCCGAAGCUGCUCAGACAGAGGUGCCCUCUAGAACCGAGCCUGCCCCCACAGGGCCCCACCCCAGUACCCGGGCCUCAGUCACAGGGCCCUCUUCUCCACCACCCCCAGGAGAAGGGCGCUCCUUUCACGCAUCUCCUCAGCCAAGAAGGCCAAGUUCCCAGGGUGGGGCCAGUCCCCAGCUGGCAGAGAGACACCCUCAUCCUUUCCUUUCUGUCCCUCCGGGCCGAGGCCAGCAGAGCCCAGAGCGCUGGAGACCUGGGGGGGAUCGGCUCAGGCCCCUCACCGAGUCUGCCCCUCACCACCCCCAUGGCUGGUUGCCUCUGCUGAGUACCGGCCCUCACUCCAGCUCUCUCUGGAGUCUCUUUGCUCCCAGUAGCCCUGUCCCAAGAUGUUCUGGGGAGAGUGAGCAGCUGAGAGCCUGCAGCCAAGCGCCCUGCCCCCCUGAGCAGCCAGAUCCCCGGGCCCUGCAGUGUGCAGCCUUUGACUCCCAGGAGUUCAUGGGCCAGCUGUACCAGUGGGAGCCCUUCACCGAAGUUCAGGGUUCCCAGCGCUGUGAACUGAACUGCCGUCCCCGUGGCUUUCGCUUCUAUGUCCGUCACACUGAAAAGGUCCAGGACGGAACCCUGUGUCAGCCUGGAGCCUUAGACAUCUGCGUGGCUGGCCGCUGUCUGAGCCCCGGCUGUGAUGGGAUCCUGGGCUCCGGCAGGCGUCCAGAUGGCUGUGGAGUCUGCGGGGGUGAUGAUUCUACCUGCCGCCUGGUCUCGGGGAACCUCACUGACCCAGGGGGCUCUCUGGGCUAUCAGAAGAUCCUGGUGAUUCCUGCUGGAGCCUCCCGGCUCCACAUCGCCCAGCUCCGGCCCAGCUCCAACUACAUUGCGCUUCGAGGCCCUGGGGGCCAGUCCAUCAUCAAUGGGAACUGGGCUGUGGAUCCCCCCGGGUCCUACACGGCCGGCGGGACUGUCUUCCGGUACAACCGUCCUCCUCGAGAGGAGGGCGCAGGGGAGAGUCUGUCCGCUGAAGGCCCCACCACCCAGCCUGUGGAUGUCUAUAUGAUCUUUCAGGAGGAAAGCCCAGGCGUUUUCUAUCAGUAUGUCAUCUCUUCACCUCCCCCAGACCUUGAGAACCCGACCCCAGAGCCCCGUCUCCCCCAGCUCCAGCCUGAGAUUUUCAGGGUGGAGCCCCCACCCGCUUCGGCAUCCCGGCCCGCCCGGACCCCUGGUACCCUCCAGCGGCAGGUGCGGAUCCCCCAGAUGCCUGCCCCGUCCCAUCCCAGGACACACUUGGGGUCUCCAAACGGAUACUGGAAACGGGUGGGACACUCUGAGUGCUCGGCAUCGUGUGGCAAAGGUGUUUGGCGCCCCAUCUUCCUCUGCAUUUCUCGUGAAUCGGGAGAGGAACUGGAUGAACGCAGCUGUGCCAUGGGUGCCAGGCCCCCAGCCUCCCAGGAACCCUGCCACGGCCCCCCGUGCCCACCAUACUGGGAGACCGGCGAGUGGACAUCCUGCAGCCGUUCCUGUGGCCCCGGUACUCAGCACCGCCAGCUGCGCUGCCGGCAGGAGUUUGGGGGCGGUGGCUCCUCGGUGCCCCCAGAGCGCUGCGGACAUCUGCCCCGGCCCAACAUCACCCAGCCCUGCCAGCUGCGCCUCUGUGGCCACUGGGAGGUCCGAUCCCCCUGGAGCCAGUGCUCCGUGCGGUGUGGGCGAGGCCAGAGGAGCCGGCAGGUCCGCUGUGUGGGCAACAACGGUGAUGAAGUGAGCGAGCAAGAGUGUGCCUCAGGCCCUCCGAGGCCCCCCAGCAGAGAGGCCUGUGACAUGGGGCCCUGCACCACGGCCUGGUUCCACAGCGACUGGAGCUCCAAGUGCUCAGCUGAGUGUGGGACGGGAAUCCAGCGACGCUCUGUGGUCUGCCUUGGGAGUGGGGAGGCCCAUGGGGUGGGCCAGGAGGAAGCAGGGGCAGGAGCCAGCGAGCAGACCUGUGCACCAGGAAGCCGCCCCCCUGACAUGCGUGCCUGCAGCUUGGGGCCCUGCGAGGUGACGUGGUGCUGGUACACGGGGCCCUGGGCUGAGUGCUCCUCGGAAUGUGGCUCUGGCACACAGCGUAGAGACAUCAUCUGUGUGUCUAAACUGGGGACUGAGUUCAAUGUGACUUCUCCUAGCAACUGUUCCCACUUGCCCAGGCCCCCCGCCCUGCAGCCCUGUCAGGGGCAGAACUGCCAGGACCGAUGGUUUUCUACACCCUGGAGUCCGCUGGGGCCUCCCCAGUGUUCUCGCUCUUGCCAGGGGGGCGUGCAGACAAGGGAGGUCCAGUGCCUGACUGCCAACCAGACCCUCAGCACCCGAUGCCCUCCUCACCUGCGGCCCUCCAGGAAACGAUCCUGUAACAGCCAGCCCUGCAGCCAGCGCCCUGAUGAUCAAUGCAAGGACAGCUCUCCACAUUGCCCCCUGGUGGUGCAGGCCCGGCUCUGCGUCUAUCCCUACUAUACAUCCACCUGUUGCCGCUCUUGCGCCCAUGUCCUGGAGCGGUCUCCCCCGGAGCCCGCCUGAAAUGGGUCCAGGAGACCCUCUCCUCAUGGUUUUCUCAUGCCACCAUCAGUCACCCAUCAACCAGCCCACUCUGUACCUUCUGGAUCUCCAGCCUGUCCUGGUCUCACUGGGGACGUCCCCCAGGUUUUCUCAUGCCACCAUCAGUCACCCAUCAACCAGCCCACUCUGUACCUUCUGGAUCUCCAGCCUGUCCUGGUUGAAGGUGGCAAGAUGACAGUGCCCGACCAGACCUGUGGUUGUGUCUGUGUGAUGGUGUGAUGGUGUGUGUGCGCAUAGGCCUCCAAAUGUGUAUCUGGGCCUGUGUGGAUGUGUGUGCAUCAAGCAUCUGUGUCACUUCUCAGGAAGGAGUUACACAGACUGAGAAGGAAGGGGGAGGAGACGAUGACUGUUUCCUUGAGGCUUUUCUAGGCUAAGACGAAAGCAAGUUUGAAGCUCUUGGGAAUCUGAGCUACUUAGAGUCUGGCCUCCCCACCAAUCCCAACUUUGUAUCCUAAGCCUCAUCUCUCCCGUUCAGGCCUCACAUCUUCUGAACCACCUUUUCGCCCUGCGAUUCCUUCUCCCGUCACCCAGUCUCUUUAUCCCUCUCACAGUUAGCUAGGGAGGGGGUCAGCCAUCCUGCCUUUCCCCAGGAAGAGAGACACUAUUUCCCCAGAGCAGGGACCAUCUGGACAGAGGAUGGAAAAGAGAAAGGUUAGCAUAAGACACCCUAGACCCUGUGCCCCACCUCCUAAAGUGGUUCCCACCCAGAACUAAUUUAUUUUUUAUUAAAAAUGAUUAUGACAAAUGAGAAA